UCCUCGCCCCCCCCCGUCCUUCCCGCGCGUUGGUUCGCUCUUCCCCGCCCCUUUACCCCACCUCUCUCGUCCCCUCCCACCCCCCGGCUCCCCGCGGUGGUCUGGCCCGGCCCGGCGGCGGAGGGAGCGGCGGAGACGGGUGGGGAGGCGUUGGCGGCCGAGGGGGUCUCGCUGCCCGUUGACGCGUCAGCCCCUGCGGAGCGGCGAGAAGCGGAGCCGGGGAGAGAGCGGAGCGAGUGAGGGAGCGGGAGCGGCUCCCCGACCUCAGGCAGCACCAUGAGUGAACAGAGUAUCUGCCAAGCACGAGCUGCUGUGAUGGUCUAUGAUGAUGCCAACAAGAAAUGGGUACCAGCUGGUGGAUCAACUGGAUUCAGCAGAGUUCAUAUAUAUCAUCAUACAGGCAACAACACAUUCAGAGUAGUGGGCAGGAAGAUUCAGGAUCACCAGGUGGUAAUAAAUUGUGCCAUUCCAAAAGGGCUGAAGUACAAUCAAGCUACACAGACCUUCCACCAGUGGCGUGAUGCUAGGCAGGUGUAUGGUCUGAAUUUUGGCAGCAAAGAAGAUGCCAACGUCUUCGCAAGUGCCAUGAUGCAUGCCUUAGAAGUAUUAAAUUCACAGGAAGCUGGUCCCACAUUGCCUCGCCAGAAUUCACAGCUUCCCUCUCAAGUACAGAAUGGUCCAUCACAAGAAGAAUUGGAAAUCCAGAGAAGACAGUUGCAAGAGCAACAGAGGCAGAAGGAGCUGGAGCGGGAGAGGCUGGAUCGUGAACGAAUGGAACGGGAGAGGCUGGAGAGAGAGAGGCUAGAAAGGGAAAGACUUGAAAGAGAGCGCCUAGAACAGGAGCAACUGGAGAGAGAACGGCAAGAAAGGGAGCGACAAGAGCGACUAGAAAGGGAGAGGCAAGAGAAGGAGAGGCAGGACCGAGAAAGACUUGAACGACUUGAACGGGAAAGGCAAGAAAGAGAACGACAAGAACAGUUGGAGAGGGAACAAUUGGAAUGGGAAAGAGAGAGAAGAAUUACAAAUGCUGCUCCAUCUUUCGACAACUCCCCGUAUAGCACUCCACUUCCCGACUACUCCAGUUGCCAGCCUCCUUCAGCACCUCCUCCAUCAUAUGCAAAAGCAGUCUCAGCACCAGUGUCAGAGGCCGCACCGGAGUACGCUGUAGUGACUUCUGCGCCACCGACUUCCACUCCCCCUACACCGCCUCUAAGGCACUCUGCAUCACGUUUUGCUACAUCUUUAGGCUCAGCUUUCCACCCUGUUCUCCCCCAUUAUGCUACGGUUCCUCGUCCGCUGAACAAAAGUUCUCGGCCCCCUUCUCCUGUCAAUGCCCCAGCGACUUUGCCUCCAAAUACAAAGCCUGUUGCCUGGUCUGCGCCCAGUUUUGCCCCUCUUCCCCCAUCUCCUCCAGUAAUGAUAAGCAGCCCACCAGGCAAAGCUACCGGUCCGAGACCUGUUCUCCCAGUGUCGGCUUCUAAUCCGGUGACCCAAAUGUCCACGUCUCCCACGGCUCCUAACGGGCUUCCUGAAAACCUGGCUUAUCCGGCUCCUUCACCUUCUACCUCAGGUCCAACUCCGCCUCCACCACCUCCUCCUCCCCCACUGCCUUCCUUUCCGCCUCUGUCACUCUCUGGACCUCAAGCUUCUCCUUCUCCCAACUCCCCGAAUGCCUCGACUCCCUCAUCCAAGCCUAGUGUUCUCCCUUCUCCCUCUGCAGCUACCCCUGCCUCUGUUGAGAACUCUCUAAACUCUGUGCUGGGAGACUCCUCUGCUUCUGAGCCAGUCUUGCAGGCAGCCUCUCAGCCGAUUGAACCUACGACCCAGCAGGGUGUUGUCCAAGGACCACCUGCACCUCCUCCCCCACCCCCCUUGCCCCCUGGCCCAGCUCAGUCUUCAGUAGCAGCCCCACCUCCUCCUGGCCCGCCACCACCACCUCCACUUCCACCUUCAGGGCCGCCGCCGCCGCCACCACCACCUCCACUUCCUAGCCAAGCUCCUCAAGUUCCUCUUCCACCUCCUGCUCCCCCCCUCCCUGCCUCUGGAUUUUCAGUGGGAUUUGUGUCCGAAGAAAAUCGCCCUUUAACUGGACUAGCAGCUGCCCUCGCUGGAGCCAAGCUUAGGAAAGUCUCACGGGGUGAAGACUCCUCCAGUUCAGGUGGAGGAGGAGGAGGCUCUGCUUCAUCUAAAACAGACAGUGGCCGUGGAAAUGGACCGCUUCCCUUGGGAGGCAGUGGGCUGAUGGAAGAAAUGAGUGCACUGCUGGCCAGGAGGAGAAGAAUUGCUGAAAAGGGAUCAACAGAACCAGAGCAGAAAGAAGAUAAAACUGAGGAAGCAGAGUCUUCAACUUCUAAGGUUUCUUCAACAAGCACACCUGAACUAACAAGAAAGCCUUGGGAAAGAACAAAUACAGUGAAUGGAAGCAAGUCACCUGUUAUCUCCAGACCAAAAUCUACACCUACGGGGCAGCCCAGUGCCAAUGGAGUACAGUCAGAGGGUCUAGAUUAUGACAGAUUGAAGCAGGACAUUUUAGAUGAAAUGAGGAAGGAGUUAACAAAACUAAAGGAAGAACUCAUUGAUGCCAUCAGGCAAGAACUCAGCAAGUCGAAUACCGCGUAGAAAGAGUAGGACUAAGCCGAUGUGACUCUUUAACUUGAUACAAAACUGACUACAUUUUGUGAGCUGUUAGAAGAAAACGGAGACAGACACUUGGAAGGAGGGAGAAACAACCUAUUCUGAGAAGCUUCAGACACAUCACUCUGGUGAUAACGCUAUUCCCCUCCUAGUUUGCAGCUUUUUUUUCUGACCUUUACAGCAGGGUGGAAAAGACUUUUAAAGUUACUGUAACGAUUAUGCAGAAAUUCCUACACCUAGCAGACAAGAUCACAGUGCUUUGAAGUCUACUCAUGUCAAGAUCCAAUCGCACAGGUUUCUGAAUUUGUGUUAAGACGAAAAAGAGGGGAAAAAAAAAACCCAACCCAACAAAAACCCACCGGGGAAAAGCUUGGGAAGGCUUUUCAGAGAGGUUUUCUUGAUUAAUGAAGGAGUUAGCAAGUUAUACUGUUCAAAUGUAUCUCAGGUUUGUCUUCUUAUCCUAUCUGCUAUUUCCACGCCUAAUUCGAAGAGAUCUGAUGUGCAGAAGUUCGGUGGAGAGAACAGGGAGCGCUGUUAAAGGGCAGGGUUUAAGCGAAUGACCUUAGGCGGUGACCACAGACGCAUUACUGAUCCUCAUCAGAGGUGUCCCUGCCCUGCGGCAGUGCCGGAGAUGGAGAGGUGGGGGGGGGAGGGAGGGUUGGAACUAGACUAUCUUUGAGAUCGGAGGGGGGGGGGAGGGUUGGAACUAGACUAUCUUUGAGCUCCCUUCCCACCCUACCAAUGGAUUUCUGUGAUUUUCCCUUUUUUUUUUGGGGGGGGGGAGGGGAAUUUUCUGAUAGGAAGCCUCUCUACUUAGCCUUCAUGCAAUUUUACAGGGGAAAAAAAAAACCCAACAAAAAAAGAGAGAAAAAAAACCAAACAAACAAAAAAAAAAAAGAAACCAAACCACCACCACCAACACCAACAACAAAGAAAGGCAAAAUCCAGCCCAGAGUUGAAAGCUGUCGAUGCCUCCCUGCAUUGUUCCGAUGCUUUACCAAAUCUAAGACUUCUACACGAGGCAAAUCAGCAGUCAAAAUGUAUAAAAACAAAAAGAAAUAAAUCAGUAGUCUGUUGUAGAUUUACAGUAGAUUUUUAGGGCUUUUUUUUUUUUUUCCCUUUUGUUUUUAUUUUUUAGAAGCUUUAUGCAUGUGGAAAUUUUUUUUUCUCCCCUUUUUUUCUCCUCUUUUUUUUUUUGGGGGUAAUGUAACAGUUCACAGCCAGCUUUUGAAUUAAAAGGAAAAGAAGAAAAUAAUAAAGUUGCAUGUCACAGAGUA